GCCGGGAUAGUAAUGUGUACUACCUUUCUGUUCCUUCAUGACUGAAAAUCAAAGUCAUGGGUUUUAUGAUUUACAAGAUGGGAUUGAAUGGAUAAAUAGGGCUUCUGAGGCUCCUGUAGGUUCUAAGAAAGUUGUUUCUAGUCGUUUACGACAGUUCCAAGGUUUGGCUUCACAGGAAGGCUUGACAAACGAAGCAAUUGAGUCAUUGCUGAACGUAGCUUUGUCUUUUCACACGAAAUUCGAUAAAAGCCAACUGACGAUUAUUAUAAAAAGCUUGUAUCCGAAGCAGUUAAUAUCGCACUCCAUAGCCGUCAAAAUUUUAGGCUGUUUGGAUCCUUAUGGAGUCCGUUAUGCAUAUGCAUACCAAGAGAAAUUGUUGAACUGGUUAGCUCAUGUGUAUGAAUUUUUAGAAGAUAAAGAUCGCUUUGCAAAGUUCUAUGGAGUCUUAUUUCAUUUUCUGGACUAUGUCACCCUCCGUCCUUCUCUUGUGCGUUUACUAAUUUUGACGACGAAGCACUCUUAUAUAAAGAGAUUCAGAAUUUACCAAUUGUUAUCCUUAUAUCAAAAGCCAGGAAAUGCCAAUGAUCCCUAUAUCCUCGAAUUGUUGUACACUUACAAGCAGCAUUAUCCAGAUGUCAUAAUAGGCUCGUUUCAACAAAGAAGGGCUAUGUCAUGGAAGAUGGAUGUCUUUUGGGUUGCGAGGGUUUCAGAUUUGAUUCAUUCUUCGACGGUUUCUUCACAAAGUAUGCUUCGGUUAUCUGAGAAGCGCAAAAGAGUACCAAGUUUAAUUCCGGAAUUGCUCACUAUGGAAAAUAAAAUAGAAAAUGUUUCUUUGAAUGAAGUAUUUACUAUUUCACAGCUCUCUUCUACGUUCGAAAAAGUGAAACAACCAAACCAAGUUGCAGCAGUUCUUCAUAGCUACGUUUUUUUCCUGUACUAUCGCCUCUUAAAUGAAAAUUCUUUAAUAAGCAGACUAACGGAAUGGUUAUAUGCUAGUCUUUAUCAUGGGUUACUAUUUAAUUAUGCAACUCUUGAACAACGACUUGAAUUUUUUCAUUUUUUCUAUCGACAUUUAUUAUACUCAAACAAUACCUUUCCAUUUCUUUACGAUUUUAUAAGAAAAUACUUAAUGAAGCCUUCCUUGCCUUUUAAGGAAUAUGAAGCUAUAUGUCACUUAAUGACCUGCCUGGAUGUUGCGAGGGAUGAGCAAGAAUGUGCUGAGUUUUUUAAGCAACUUAAUCUAUACACAAAAAAACUAUCUUUGAGAGAAUGUGAGAUCCAUCUGAGUUAUAUAUUUAUCUGGACAUUGCGUCUCGUCAAUAAAACAAACUCGAGACAGAGGUUGGGAUUGGCAGGUGUUCUCCUGAAUUACAUUUUCGCGCAUUUGUUUCAUUUACUAGAAACAUUUUUUUGGAAUGACAAACUUUUCCCUCCUUUAGCCCUGAUUAUGACAACCAUCUUUAAUUCAAUGAGUGAUACAAAACUUCGUGUAUGGUCAGACAUUGUCCCUAUUCAAAAAUUCAUACAAUUUCUCUUUAUGAAAAGCUUUCCUUAUGCUAUUGAGACUAGUUUUCGAUUGAUCCAGUCAGCAGAACAAAAUUUAAGAAAUCAAGGCCCAAGAGAUUUACAAGAACAUAUGAAGCUUAUACAUCAGCAAAUGAUACAAUGCUUAUUAAAUAAUUCAAAAAAAUCAGAGUUUAUCCAUGCUAUCUUUUCUGAUUUGAAUCUACAAUCAAUGGAUUAUUUUGAGUCUGUUUCUGACACAAUCUGGUCUUUAACAUCUGGUGCCCAGUUCAGUUACUAUACUUCACAAUAUUUACAAAAGAAACAGGAAGAGGACCCUACUUUCAUUCAGAUCCCUUCAAUGGGAUUAACAGAACCAAUGUAUCUAGAACUACAAAGAAAGCUUCACUUAGCACAAUCUUGGUCUUCUUUUCAAAAUGGUUUAUUUUCUUAUUUAAAAACAAAGCAUUAUAAAGCUAUUCAUCAAUCAUUGCUCUCUUUAUCCGGUCGUUGAAGGUUUUUUUAAAAAGUGUUAUGUCCUACUUCAUACAACCAAGCUACUAAUAACCCAAAAUUUUUCGUUGAGACUCAGGACGGCCAUCGUAAACAAAGCUUCCUUUC